UAUUUAGGAUGCCAAGAAUAUGCCAAAACAUAUUAGGUGAAGAAAUUUUAUCAACACCACAAAACCAUAUACUGCCAGCCCAUGGUUUUCCCUAUAAGGCCAGUCUCCCGGUCUUGUUCAUUGAUCUCACUCCCAAAAGGCAAAAACCCACCACAUUUUCUCAGCUUUGUUUCCGUGAUUUUUGUGCUACGAUGGCGACCAAGAAGAGCGUGAGUACUUUGAAGGAGGCUGAGUUGAAGGGGAAGAGAGUGUUUGUGAGGGUUGAUCUCAAUGUUCCUUUGGAUGAUAACUCCAACAUCACUGACGAUACUAGGGUCCGCGCCGCCGUGCCCACCAUCAAGUACUUGAUCGGCUAUGGCGCCAAAGUUAUCCUUGCUUCUCACUUGGGACGUCCCAAGGGAGCUACUCCCAAAUACAGUUUGAAGCCUCUUGUGCCCAGGCUUUCUGAGCUCCUUGGACUGGAGGUUAAGAUUGCCAAUGACUGUAUUGGUGAGGAAGUCGAGAAAUUGGUUGCUCAACUUCCAGAGGGAGGAGUUUUGCUCCUUGAGAAUGUGAGGUUCUACAAAGAGGAAGAGAAGAAUGACCCUGAAUUCGCCAAGAAGCUUGCUUCACUUGCAGAUGUGUAUGUGAAUGAUGCUUUUGGUACUGCUCAUAGGGCUCAUGCAUCAACAGAGGGAGUGGCUAAGUACUUGAAGCCUUCCGUUGCUGGAUUCCUUAUGCAGAAGGAACUUGACUACCUUGUUGGUGCCGUAGCAAAUCCUAAGAGGCCAUUUACUGCCAUUGUUGGCGGUGCAAAGGUGUCAUCCAAGAUUGGAGUGAUAGAAUCCUUGUUGGAGAAGGUUAACAUUCUCUUACUCGGUGGAGGAAUGAUCUUUACCUUCUACAAGGCCCAAGGGCAUUCAGUUGGAUCUUCCCUUGUGGAGGAAGACAAGCUUGUUCUUGCAAAGUCACUUCUUGAGAAGGCCAAAUCUAAGGGGGUUUCUAUUCUCCUCCCAACUGAUGUGGUUAUUGCUGACAAGUUUGCUGCUGAUGCAAACAGCAAGGUUGUGCCAGCUUCUGCUAUUCCAGAUGGGUGGAUGGGAUUGGAUAUUGGACCAGACUCGAUCAAAACUUUCAGUGAAGCUCUGGAUACCACUCAAACUGUUAUCUGGAACGGACCCAUGGGUGUUUUUGAGUUUGAGAAGUUUGCUGCUGGGACUGACGCAAUAGCUAAGAAGCUUGCAGAGCUGAGCGGCAAGGGGGUGACAACAAUCAUCGGAGGUGGUGACUCAGUUGCCGCUGUUGAGAAGGCUGGGCUUGCUGAGAAGAUGAGCCACAUCUCAACUGGAGGCGGUGCAAGCUUAGAGCUCCUCGAAGGCAAAACACUCCCCGGAGUCCUUGCUCUUGACGAUGCUUAAGCUGAAAAUUUCUCAGUUUAUUUUGUGCAUUUCGUUGCAGUUAAAUGGUUGGUUUUCAACCAGAGUGGAUCAAGUAAAACAGAGCUGAUCUUGUAGAGGCUUAUAGGGGUAGAGAUUUGAAUAAGUACCGUCUUGAGAUUUUACCUUUUUACGUGGGAUGGAUAUUUUUUGGAACAAUGUUAAUGAUCCAAAGUGUUUUGCUACACUUGAUAUCAGUUUGCUAUGGAAAGUGAUGUUAUUGGUACCAA